GACGGCCAUUCACCAACCAUUUUCGUCUAAGAAUGUCAACCUUGUCACUCUCCUUCCUUGUGAUUCUCUUAUAUGUCUCUACUGCAUACUCUGCACGUCUCCUACCGCUAGAAUCAGAAGCAACAACAUGGAGCUCAAGAGGAGGAAGUUUGAGAACGCAGCUUGAUGAAGUAUCAUGUAGAACUGGGAACCCCAUUGAUGAUUGCUGGAGGUGUGACCCUGACUGGGAAACCAACAGAAAGAUGCUAGCAGACUGUGGUGUAGGGUUCGGGCGCAAUGCCAUUGGCGGUCGAGAUGGUGAGCUUUACGUUGUCACUGAUUCAGGCAACGACGACCCUGCCAACCCAAUCCCAGGCACACUCAGACAUGCUGUCAUCCAAUACGUGCCGCUGUGGAUAGUGUUUGAUCAUGACAUGGUCAUCAACCUGAAGGAAGAGCUCAUCAUGAACUCUUACAAGACAAUAGAUGGGAGGGGAUUCAACAUCCAAAUAGCCAAUGGGGCCUGCAUAACCAUACAAAACGUGAGCAACAUCAUCAUACAUGGUGUCUACAUACAUGGUUGUGUGCCAACUGGGAACGCCAUCGUGAGGGACAGGCCGGAUCAUUAUGGGAUGAGAGGGAUGUCAGAUGGGGAUGGGAUAUCGAUAUUUGGAGGAACGGAUAUAUGGAUUGAUCAUUGUACCCUAGCUGAUUGCUACGACGGACUCAUUGAUGCAGUGUAUGGAUCUAAAUCAAUAACCAUCUCAAACAACUACAUGUUGAAUCACAAUGAAGCCAUGCUCAUGGGGCAUAGUGAUGACUUCCUUGCUGACAAGAAUAUGCAGGUCACAAUUGCCUUCAAUUACUUUGGGGAAGGCCUAGUUCAAAGAAUGCCCAGGUGCAGACAUGGGUAUUUCCAUAUUGUAAAUAAUGUAUACACUGAUUGGGAAAUGUAUGCAAUUGGUGGAAGUGCCAAUCCAACAAUCAACAGCCAAGGAAAUGUCUUCAUUGCAAGGGAUGACAAUUCUACCAAGGAGGUGACCAAACGUGAAAGCCUCUUGGGAUAUGAAGAGUGGAAGGACUGGAAUUGGAGAUCAGAUGGAGAUUUGAUGUUGAAUGGUGCUUACUUUAGAGCUUCUGGAGAAGAAGCACCUGCAAGUUACUCAAAAGCAUCGAGCAUGGUAGCAAGACCAGCUUCACUUUUAACAUAUAUCACUGCAUCUGCUGGAGUUCUCAAUUGUAAGAUAGGCUAUGCAUGCUAAAAUCCAGCCCAAGAAGAUAUCCAGUUUCAUUUUUUUUCUUCCUUUCUUUUUUUUGGUGUAAACUAGAAUUAUAAAUUAAAAAAAAAAAAUCAAUUGUGUUUAAGUAAAUGUCUAAAAUUCAUUCAAUUUUGUUAUGUGUGAAGAAAAGGAAAAAAAAAAUUAUUGGCUA